GUGUCUCCUUCUCGAGGAAAGAGCACUGAAACUUGCUGUCGUAUCAUCAGUUAAGGACUUGCUGUUAACUGCUGUCAUUGCAUGUGGCUUUAAAUGUCCACUGCCAUGGCCAAACGUGAGGCCGGGAGUCCAAGUCCUGUGGUGCGUCAGAUAGACAAGCAGUUCCUGGUUUGUAGCAUCUGUCUGGAUCACUAUUGCAACCCCAAGGUCCUGCCCUGUCUGCAUACCUUUUGUGAAAGUUGUCUCCAGAACUAUAUUCCUCCAGAGUCUCUGACUCUCUCGUGUCCAGUGUGCCGACAGACUUCCAUCCUGCCAGAGAGAGGAGUGUGCGCUCUGCAGAACAACUUCUUCAUCACUAAUCUCAUGGAGGUCCUCCAGCGUGAGCCCGAGUGCUCACAGCCCCAGGCCUGCAGUGUGCUGGAGUCAGUCAGUGCUGCUGCAGCAGGGAAGCCCCUCUGCUGCCCCAACCACGAGGGAAAGGUGAUGGAGUUCUACUGUGAGUCUUGUGAGACGGCCAUGUGUUUGGACUGCACAGAAGGUGAGCACCGGGAGCAUGUGACAGUUCCGCUGCGGGACGUCGUGGAGCAGCACAAAGCUGCGCUGAAGACACAGCUGGAUGCCAUUCACAGCAGGCUGCCUCAGCUAACAGUAGCCAUCGAGCUGGUGAGCGAGAUCUCUCGGCAGCUGAAUGAUAGAAAGAACGAGGCAGUGGCAGAGAUCACCAGCACGUUUGAAGAGUUGGAGAGGGUGCUGCAUCAGCGCAAGGCAGCCCUUGUCACGGACCUGGAGAACAUUUGUAGCACCAAGCAGAAGGUCCUGCAGGCCCAGCUUUCAUCUCUGCUCCAGGGGAGGGAACACAUUCAGAACAGCUGCAGCUUCACAGAGCAGGCUCUGAGCCACGGGACUGCAACUGAGGUGCUUCUGGUUCAGAAGCAGAUGAGUGAGCGUGUAACUGCUCUGGCCAGACACGACUUCCCUGAAAAACCGCAUCAGAAUGCUCACCUGGACUGUCAGGUAGAGACUGAAGGUCUGCGGCGCUCGAUCCAGAACCUUGGUGUCCUCCUCACCACAUCAGCUGUGGCACAUACGUCUGUGGCAACAGGAGAAGGCCUGCGACAUGCAGCAACUGGCCAGCACCACACUAUUACUGUGACAACAAAAGACAAAGAUGGAGAGUUGGUAAGGAUGGGAAAUGCCAUUUUAAAAGCAGAGAUAAUGUCUGCUGAUGGCAGCCGGGCUGCAGAGAUGGAAAUAGUAGACAACAAGAAUGGGACAUACGAGGUGGGCUACACCAUACGUUCUGAGGGAGAGUACUUGUUCAGCCUGUUGCUGUAUGGACAGCCAAUACGUGGCAGCCCGUUCCGCUUGCGAGCCAUCAAGCCAUCAGAUGUGCCGCAAUCUCCAGAUGACAUGAAAAGAAGGGUCAAGUCCCCCAGUGGGUCAGGGAGCCACAUCCGUCAAAAAGCGGUACGACGGCCCUCCAGCAUGUACAGCACCACCAAGAAGAAGGAGAACCCCAUAGAGGAUGAGCUCAUCUACAGAAUUGGUUCCCGGGGCAGAGAAAAAGGUGAGUUCACCAAUCUGCAAGGAAUAUCGGCCUCCAGCAAUGGCAGGGUAGUGGUGGCUGACAGCAACAACCAGUGCAUCCAGGUAUUCUCCAACGACGGUCAGUUUAAAAUGCGCUUUGGGGUCAGAGGUCGUUCUCCAGGACAGCUGCAGAGACCAACGGGUGUCACCGUGGACAUGAAUGGUGACAUUGUAGUAGCUGAUUAUGACAAUAGAUGGGUCAGCAUCUUUUCCUCUGAUGGCAAGUUUAAGAAUAAGAUCGGAGCGGGCCGCCUCAUGGGACCUAAGGGUGUGGCAGUGGAUAAGAACGGACACAUUAUCACAGUUGAUAACAAAGCCUGCUGCGUCUUCAUCUUUCAGUCCAAUGGAAAGCUUGUGACAAAGUUUGGAGGCAGAGGGACAUCCGACAGACAGUUUGCAGGUCCACACUUUGUUGCCGUGAACAACAAAAAUGAAAUUGUAGUGACGGAUUUUCACAAUCACUCCGUAAAGGUGUACAGUGCAGAUGGGGAGUUCUUGUUCAAGUUUGGCUCUCAUGGCGAAGGCAACGGCCAGUUCAAUGCUCCCACUGGUGUGGCUGUGGAUGCCAAUGGUAACAUCAUUGUGGCUGACUGGGGUAACAGCAGAAUACAGGUGUUUGACAGCACUGGGUCCUUCCUGUCCUACAUCAACACCUCGGCAGAUCCGCUCUAUGGCCCUCAGGGUCUUGCUCUCACCUCAGAUGGACACGUGGCUGUUGCAGACUCCGGCAAUCACUGCUUCAAAGUUUACAGAUAUUUGCAGUAGACCAAGGGAUGACAUCACCAACUCCUGCUUCAGGUUAAUGUUCUGUACUGCUUGUAAACUAAAAGCUGCAACGUGCCUGCGCACUUUAAAGAGACAGCAUUUCAAUUUUUUUUUUUGUUUUCAGUCCUUUACUGGUUCUACUAUCAGAAGUUUAAGAUAAACAAUGACAUGUAUAUUAUUGUAAAUUACUGUAAUAACCAUGAAAAUAGGCUAGAAAUGUUCAAAGUUAUACAUAUUUUGCACUGAACACAAGCUCAACAAAUGAUUAGUGUUAAAUCUAUAAUAAUAAAUACGAUGCUAAUUAUUUCUUUGUAUAAAAGUGUCCUGCUAUUUUAUAUUUUAACAAUCUCUUGGUGUGUGCACCUUUAACCUCUCCUUCUUUCUGAAAACUGCUGUUUACCAAAUCAUCUGAAAAGAAGAUUAAAUGGAAGUUCACAUCUGUCUCAAAACAUUUUGGUUUUAUUUUCUAAAAUGCUAUUCAAAAAAUAACUUGACAGUCUUU